AUGGAUGAGAGAGGACCUGCGGUGGCGGCCUUCUACACAUGGCUCGCCACUAACGGGCUUGAUGUGGAAUGUCCAGACCACGUCAAGUUUCGCCUGGCUACCUUUCCUUGGACGGGCCGAGGCACCCGAGCCACUGUGCCCAUCCACGAAGAGGAUGUUCUCGCAUCGGUGCCGCGACAGCUGAUCUUGUCGGCAGUGACCGCCACCGAUUCGCGAGUGGUACGCGACGUGCUGCCGGCCGUCGAGGGCACCAUCCUGGCCGACCCCAUGGUGGCCCUCGCCCUCUUGCUCCUCUACGAGAAGAACCUCGGACCCGCCUCCUUCUGGGCUCCCUACUUUCAUAUCCUUCUACUUCCUCCCCUCUGCCGCUUUGUGCCGCUACUCGCUUGGUGGCAACAAACAAAGCGCAACAAGCCCGUGCAGUGGAUCGUGUACUACAACCUGCCCAUCUUCUGGAGCAGCGAGGACCUGGUCCUGCUGGAGGAGGCCCACACCGACAUCCUGCCCCACAGCCGCAACAUGCGCACCUCGAUACUACGCCUCUACUUUGGCUUUCUUCUCCCUCUCUUCCACCUACUCAUUUUUAUCUCCAUCUUCAAGGACUACCCGGACAUGUUCUCGCCCGCGGUGCACACCUGCGACGAGCUUAUGUGGGCCUUCGCGACGAUAUGGAGCCGCGGAUACUGGCUCGAUGGCGACGACACCAUGCCCGCCAUUGUGCCGCUCGCAGAUAUGCUGAACCACAACACCGAGAAGGGCGGGGAGAGGGUGGCGCAUUACUUUUACGACGCCGAUGCCCAGAUAUUCAAGGUCAUCUCCAAGACCUCUUAUGAACCCGGUCAACAGGUGUUGACGCAUUACGGCAAUAAGGCGAAUGGUAAUUUCCUGGAGGACUACGGAUUCGUGUACAUGAACAACGACCAGAACGAGUUCUACCUGCCCAUCCCGGCCUUCGUCACGCAGCACAUGGGGCCGACCCACCUGCGCCACGUUCACUCGCUCAUCGCGCUGCGGAAUAUCGCCAAUGCGGAGCACGUGUACGUGAAGCACAACGUCUUCCCCUCGGCUGUGUGCAACCUCUUCCGCACGUAUCUGCUCUCGCCCGCCCAGCUCUGCUCCGCCCUCGAUCUACCGCCCGUCGAGCACUUUCAGCCCGAGACCUACGACGGGGCCGACCCAUCAUCGCUGUCAUUUUCAUCGUCAUCGACGCCCGAGGCCGCGGACGGCACGACCCAGGAGCCCGUGGCGGAGCUCACCUAUUUUGUCGAUGUGGAAAACGAGAUGGCCACGUACGAGCUCUUCAUCCGAUGCUGUGACCACUGGCUCGCCAGCUACUCGACGACGAUGGCCGAUGACGCGGCUUUCAUCGAGGGUCGAAUGGGCUCUGGGCCGUCCAACAACAACAACGCGAGGAUGGUGCGCACCCUGCUGCACGAGGAGAAGCGGACCAUCGUGCACCUGCGGGACUGCUUCGAGCAAAUGAUCGCGUACGUGCGCGACACUGGCGUCGACUGGGCGCACGUCCGUCUACUUGACGGCCAGCACGUGCCCAAGUAA